UCUCCACUGUCAUAGUUGAUCCCAAGUGAGCAGAAGCUUCAAAUCUCCCACCAGCAUGCUCCCCCGGCUGGUCUUCGAGGCUCGGCCUGCGGUGGGCCGGGACAUAAUAGCCAUGCCUGGCCUCACACCCCUCUAACUGUUCUCCUUGAUCCUAUUCUUGUUCUCCUUCAACACGUUCCUUUCUAUGUUUUGUCGCGCAAGAUGCUUCCGGUCGAAAUAAUCACACUCAUUAUCCUCGCGACGACCACAGCGGCUUUCCCGCAACCACAAAAACCGAAUCCCGUAAACAUCACCACUCCGGUCAUUACGAGCAUACCCCAAGAAACACUGCCUGGUUUCAUACACGGGGAGUCGACAGUGACAGGAUUCGAAGAGGAUCCCACGAUCACAGAGGAGGCACCAGGGGUUGGAGACCCUAAUAAGGUGCACGGCGAAAGUUCUGUGGACGGAUUCGAGACAACAGAGGAUAUUCAACCUACAGGAGGGAGGGUGCGAGGGACUCCUGAGUCCACCCCGGCAGUCACCCCGACUGAUUUUCAAUCCGGAAUUUUCAUCACCGAGACACCGACUAUCAUCUUCAUCCAUACCGAGAUCGAGGCGUCGAUUACCCAGCUGGACCCUGGCAACGAGCCGCAGCCCACGAGCAUCGGCGCUAAAGGGGGGGUUACGGAUCCAGCCAACGAGAACAGCGGCAAUUCUAGAAGCAAUAAUCCCACUGUUCCAGCCAGCGCGCAGCCGACUUCUGGCGGCGAGGCCCUCCUGACCGAAAUCAUCUCAAAGAUCGGAGCUCCAGCACCUGGUGCACAGCCAAGCACCAACCCUCCUUCUUCCACCGAGAAUCCUGCACCAAAUGGCAAUCAGCAAUCCAUUCCAGGUCUCGAGAAUACGGAGCAGCCCGCUACGCCAGGAGUUCUGGUCACAGCACCGGGCGGACAGCCCACGGCACCAGCACUGACUGUUGAUCAAUCCAUAACACUUGGUGCUCAAACUUUGACGCUGACUCCCGGGUUAUCAACUACUGUUGGGACGGGGUCAGCGGCCACCUUCGUCGCGCUUACUACGAACUCUGUCGGGCAGACCAUCAUCGUAGUUAGUUCCAGUGGAACAGCAGUGAGCGCAACGGUCACAAAUGCCCCUGUGACUGUGAGCGGCGUGAAAACAGGUUUCGACGCGAGUCUAACAGCUAGCGCGAGUCAUGGAGCACAUUCAACGCCUUCGAGCCUUGGUGGCGCGGCGGCCACUACGUCGCGAAAAGGGAGUGCCGCAGGGCGUUGGAGAUGGGAGGCUGAGUGGUGGAUAAGUUUGGUGAUCGGUGUCCUUGGAAUAGUGGUCAUAUUAUAGCCAGUC